CCCGCCCAUCGGGCCAACUUAGCGUAAGGCCAAAACGCAGCGUUUUAAAAUUUAUGUGUAGCAUUCCUGCGUCGGCUCCGGCCUCUCUCUGCCACUCUCUCUCAGCCUGCUUCACCCUCACCAAAGAAGCGCCAACGAAUUUGGAUCCGGACUGUCGCUUUUCUGCAAAUCCCACCACUGCUUCCGAAUUCCGAUAAGGCGUUUCAGGUUUCCGUUCUUGGCGGCUGAUUCGGACCGUACGAAGAGGGAGGUUUCUUAUCGGAGAGGGAGCGGUUUCUUAAGGAUCUUGGGUUGCUCAAAUCGGCACGGUUAAAGUUGUCAAUUGAUUUGCAGGAUAGAAGAAGUGGUGGUAGAGCAACCAUGGAUCGUCUUAGCAAUCCUGCACGUCUCAUGAUUGUUUCGGAUCUUGACCAUACAAUGGUUGAUCAUCAUGAUUCUGAAAACCUCUCACUGCUUAGGUUCAACGCCUUGUGGGAAACUAACUACCGUCAUGAUUCUCUGCUAGUUUUCUCAACUGGGAGGUCUCCUACACUUUACAAGCAGUUGAGGAAAGAGAAACCAAUGUUAACCCCAGAUAUAACCAUAAUGUCUGUGGGAACUGAGAUAACAUAUGGUAAAUCAAUGGUGCCGGAUGAUGGGUGGAUUGAAUUCCUGAAUAGAAAAUGGGACAAGAAUAUAGUCACAGAGGAAACAAGCAAGUUUUCUGAACUUACUCUGCAGUCAGAAACAGAGCAGCGUCCGCACAAAGUUAGCUUUUACGUUGAGAAGGAUAAGGCUCAGGAAGUUAUGAAGGUUCUUUCAGAGCGUCUAGAGAAACGCGGGUUGGUUGUUAAAAUAAUUUACAGUGGGGGGAUGGAUUUGGAUGUGCUACCUCAAGGUGCUGGCAAAGGGCAAGCGCUUGCAUAUUUGCUGAGAAAGUUAAAGGCUGAGGGAAAAUUACCCACCAACACUUUAGCUUGUGGUGACUCUGGAAAUGAUGCUGAGCUAUUUAGUAUUCCUGAAGUGUAUGGUGUUAUGGUUAGCAAUGCCCAGGAAGAAUUGUUGCAAUGGCAUGCUGAAAAUGCUAAAAAUAACCCCCACAUAGUCCAUGCAACUGAGAGGUGUGCAGCGGGGAUCAUACAAGCUAUAGGUCAUUUUAGCUUAGGCCCAAACAUUUCCCCAAGAGAUGUUGCAGACUUAUCAGAAUUCCAUCUUGAAAAUAUCAAUCCUGGCAGUGAGUUAGUGGAGUUUUACUUGUUAUACGAGAGAUGGAGGCGUGCAGAAAUUGAGAACUGUGAGAUGUAUAUAGCACAUCUGAGAUCAGUUUGUGAUCCAUCUGGUGUUUUUGUCCAUCCAUCUGGUGUUGAGCUAUCCCUUCAUGACUGCAUUAAUGCAAUGAAAAAGUGCUAUGGAGACAAAGAGGGAAAACCAUUUCGUGUGUGGGUGGAUCGGGUUUUACCUACACAGAUUGGUUCAGACACAUGGCUUGUGAAGUUUGACAAAUGGGAGUCAUCUGGUGAAGAGAAGUAUUGUUGCGUGACGACGGCAAUUUUAACUUCAAAGGAUGCUGGUGAUUUAAGUAGCUUCAUUUUGAUGCACAUGCAUCAGACAUGUUUGGAUGGAUCCAAUGCAAAAGACCAAACCGCCUGGCUCCUCUAAUUGUGCCUGCAGCUUGAUCUGAGAUCCCCCCAACCCCCAUAGCAUUUCUUCUUUCAGAAUAAAAUUAAAAUCACUUUAGAUUAUUUUCUUCACAGUUCAUAUAUUUCAACCAGCUUUGAACUGGUUGAGUAGGCGGGAUGAGGCCACUGAGCCAUCCCUUGUACUCUGCUGUAUGACAUCAAAAUUUUCAGAAGUAUGUUUACUUAUUUUAUGAA